UUUUAUUAUUUUUUUUAAGAAAAAAUUUUAAGGUGCGAGAAUGAUAAAAAAUUAGAGGAAGCAAACUUCAAGGCUGCGUAUAUGAUUCCGAGAUCAUUAAUGUAAGGUGGUGAGCCGAGAUCCGUAGACUCUGGGUAAGCUUGACAUUUUGAUCUUCAACUCCAUGUUCAUCUUCCAUCUUUAACGACUAACCCGGCGAUUCACACUCAACAAAGUCCACUUUCUCUCUCCCUUAUGUCUCCCCUCAAAUAUCACAACUCCACAGAGAGUGAGAGAGUGAGAGAGAGAGAUGGGAAGUGAAUCUGAGGCUUACCCAAAAAAGCAUUCACAACAGGCUCAAACCAAGUACAAGCUCAAGCUGCUUGUGCUCGUAAUACUCACCAAUCUUCUCACAAUCUACAUCUUCACCGGCUCUUCUUUCAACUUGAAUCUAUCUGACUACACCAACCACAUUCCUUUCCCUGUUCGGGACUCCACUGAUCUUCUUCAUCAGCUCAACUCUACUAGAGAUCAGCUUGCUGCUUCUCAUUUGCUCAUUGCUGAGUUGCACCAAAAGCUCAACUCCACCAACUUGCUUGUGGAAGCCCUUCUCAUUGAACUUAGUAGUAACCAGCAUGAGUCACUUGCUGAUCAGAAAAUGAGCCGGCUGAUGAAGUUCAGUGAUAAAUCUGGGAUUGCUGUGUCUGAUGAGCUUAUGAUGGCUGUAAGUCCUCACAAGCUCCCAUUAGGAUAUUCACCAAGGGUAGGAUCUGAUGAGGUCUAUCCGCCGGUCGGUGCAGGCUGCUUGAAGUAUCAAGAGGAGUUGUCCCAGUAUAUGACAUAUGAAGCUGGUGGGGAAUGUCCAAUAGAUGAUGUGUUUGCUCAAAGGUUGAUGAUGAGAGGCUGUGAGCCUCUCCCUCGCCGGAGAUGUCGCCCUAAGUCUCCGGCAAACUACGAGGAGCCAACCUCAUUACCACAAUCUCUUUGGUCAACCCCCUCAGACAACAGCAUUGUCUGGGAUCCUUAUACUUGCAAAAGCUACAAGUGCCUCAUCGAACGAAAAAAUAUGCCAGGCUACUUCGACUGCAAAGAUUGCUUCGACUUGCAGGGGAGGGAGAAGAGAAGGUGGAUGUUCGACAAUGGAGGACUAGAUUAUAGUAUUGAUCAAGUUCUCAAAGCAAAGCCACAUGGAACUAUUCGUAUUGGACUUGACAUAGGUGGUGGGACUGGAACAUUUGCAGCUAGAAUGAAAGAAAGAAACAUUACCAUAAUCACAAGCUCAAUGAAUCUGGAUGGUCCAUUCAACAGCUUCAUUGCAUCAAGAGGAUUGAUCCCCAUCCAUGUUAGUGUUUCACAAAGGCUUCCAUUCUUUGAGAACACACUGGAUAUAGUUCACUCCAUGCAUAUUCUAAGCAACUGGAUUCCGGACGCUACGCUUGAGUUCACAUUGUAUGAUAUAUACAGGGUGUUGAGGCCAGGAGGACUCUUCUGGCUUGAUCAUUUCUUCUGCCUGGGAUCUCAGCUGAAUCAGACUUACAUUCCAAUGUUUGAUCGUGUUGGAUUCAAGAAGCUAAGGUGGAACAAUGGCAUGAAGCUCGAUCGAGGAGUCCAUAAAAAUGAAUGGUAUUUCUCUGCCCUGCUGGAGAAACCAAUGACAUGAUCAGGUCCAAAUAGAUCAUAUGUUUUGUGUUCUAAACAUGUAGUAGUUUGUAUAACAAUUAUGUUCUGAAAAGAUCAGAUUUUAAAUAUCCUGACAGAAAGUUAGAAAGUGAAAUAAGCCUGGUAAAUUUCUGAAGACACUGAAAAGCAGGGGAAAAAUGAGGAAAAUGUAUCCGAUAAUUGUUAAGAUAUGAAACCUAAUAAUAUAUUAUAAACUCAUUGUUGAAUUUUUUUAGGG